AUUAAAAAAAAAAAAGGGAGCGUCUCGGCUCUCAUGGGCCGCACCAACGGCCUCACCAAGCCCGCGAUGUUGACCGGUGGCCCCGCCAAGCCCGGGGGCGCGGGUGGCUCCAGGAAGCUGGUCAUCAAGAACUUCCGAGACAGGCCUCGGCUGCCUGACAACUACACUCAGGACACGUGGCGGAAGCUUCACGAAGCGGUCAAGGCCAUCCAGAGCAGCACAUCCAUCAGGUACAACCUGGAGGAGCUGUACCAGGCUGUGGAAAACCUUUGUUCUCACAAAGUCUCCCCGACGCUCUACAAGCAGCUGCACCAGGUCUGUGAAGACCACGUCCACGCCCAGAUCCUUCCGUUCAGAGAAGACUCGCUAGACAGCGUUCUAUUUCUAAAGAAGAUUAACACAUGCUGGCAAGAUCACUGCAGACAAAUGAUCAUGAUCAGAAGCAUCUUCCUGUUCCUGGACCGCACCUAUGUCCUCCAGAACUCCAUGCUGCCCUCUAUCUGGGACAUGAGCCUAGAGCUGUUUAGGAACCAUAUCAUCAGUGACAGGAUGGUGCAGAGUAAGACCAUUGAUGGGAUCCUGCUGCUCAUUGGGCGUGAGAGAAGCGGUGAGGCUGUGGACAGGAGCCUGCUUCGGAGUCUGUUAAGCAUGCUCUCAGAUCUCCAGGUGUAUAAAGACUCGUUUGAACUGAAGUUCUUGGAAGAGACUAACUGUCUGUACGCUGCAGAAGGCCAGAGGCUGAUGCAAGACAGGGAGGUUCCAGAGUAUCUGAACCAUGUGAGUAAACGUCUAGAAGAGGAAGCAGACCGAGUGAUCACUUACUUAGACCACAGCACACAGAAACCCUUGAUUGCCUGUGUGGAGAAGCAGCUCUUAGGAGAGCAUUUGACAGCAAUUCUGCAGAAAGGGCUGGACCACCUGCUGGAAGAGAACAGGGUGCCUGAGCAGAUGUACCAGCUGUUCAGCCGGGUGAAAGGGGGGCAGCACGCUCUGCUGCAGCACUGGAGUGAAUACAUCAAGACCUUCGGGACAACCAUUGUCAUCAAUCCCGAGAAGGAUAAAGACAUGGUCCAAGACCUGCUGGACUUCAAGGACAAAGUAGACCACGUGGUGGAGGUGUGCUUCCAGAGGAAUGAGCGCUUUAUCAACCUGAUGAAGGAAUCCUUUGAGAUGUUCAUCAACAAGAGACCAAACAAGCCUGCAGAGCUCAUUGCCAAACACGUGGAUUCAAAGUUACGAGCCGGCAACAAAGAAGCCACAGAUGAAGAGCUGGAGAGGAUCCUGGACAAGAUCAUGAUACUGUUUCGUUUCAUCCAUGGUAAAGAUGUCUUUGAAGCAUUUUAUAAGAAAGAUUUAGCCAAGAGGCUGCUCGUGGGCAAGAGCGCGUUGGUGGAUGUGGAGAAGUCCAUGCUGUCGAAGCUCAAGCACGAAUGUGGCGCUGCCUUCACCAGCAAGCCGGAGGGCAUGUUCAAGGACAUGGAGCUCUCCAAGGACAUCAUGGUUCACUUCAAGCAACAUAUGCAGAACCAAAGUGCACCAGGCCCCAUUGACCUCACAGUGAACAUUCUCACCAUGGGCUACUGGCCCACAUACACGCCCAUGGAAGUGCACCUCCCUCCCGAGAUGGUCAGACUUCAGGAAGUAUUCAAGACUUUCUACCUGGGCAAGCACAGCGGCCGGAAGCUCCAGUGGCAGACAACACUGGGACAUGCUGUGUUGAAGGCGGAGUUUAAGGAGGGCAAGAAGGAGUUCCAGGUGUCCCUCUUCCAGACGCUGGUGCUGCUCAUGUUCAACGAGGGGGACGGGUUCAGCUUUGAAGAAAUAAAAAUGGCCACUGGCAUAGAGGACAAUGAGUUGAGAAGAACUCUGCAGUCGCUGGCCUGUGGGAAAGCACGCGUUCUGAUUAAAAGUCCCAAAGGGAAGGAGGUGGAAGACGGAGAUAAGUUCAUUUUCAAUGGAGACUUCAAACACAAGUUGUUCAGAAUAAAGAUCAAUCAAAUCCAGAUGAAGGAGACCGUCGAAGAGCAGGUCAGCACCACAGAGAGAGUGUUCCAGGACAGACAGUACCAGAUCGACGCUGCCAUAGUCAGAAUAAUGAAAAUGAGGAAGACUCUUGGUCAUAACCUUCUAGUCUCUGAAUUGUACACUCAGCUGAAGUUUCCAGUCAAGCCUGGAGAUUUGAAAAAGAGGAUUGAAUCACUUAUAGACAGAACAUAGAUGUCUGUAACCAAUAAUGUAGCAGUUCUGCACUUUGACACAAGGUGUAACUAGACCAUUUUUAAAUGUCAGUUGAAAAUUAUUUUUUUUAAAAAAAAAAGAAGAAAAAAAAAGGGAAACAUAUUUACAAUGGGGGAAUUUGGUCUCUGACAACACAUUAGGUAGUCUGAAAAUAGAACAGUUUACAAGAGGAU